CCCACCAACACACAUAAUUCCCUAUCAAGCUUUCUCUCCAAAACUUCCAUUCAUGGCGCCCUUCCAACACUCCAAACUAUGCUUCUUCUCACUCUCGCUUCUUCUCCUCCUCCUCCUCCUGCCCUUCACCGUCACCUCACAGAGCAACCGCAACGUAUCACUGGGUUCAUCUCUCACCACCGGAUCAAACUCCCCCUGGCUAUCCCCGUCCGGCGAAUUCGCGUUCGGGUUCCAACGGAUCACCACCGACGGCUACUUGCUAGCCAUAGUGUUCGACAAAAUUCCCGAGAGAACGGUGGUCUGGUCCGCGAACCGCAACAACCUGGCUCCCGGAGGUUCGAGGGUCGAGCUCACGACCCAAGGCCGCCUCGUCUUCACCGACCCAUCAGGCAACCAAAUCUGGGCCGCCAAUACCAACGGUCCCGUAGCUUCCCACGCAGCCAUGCUCGACACAGGCAAUUUCGUACUAGCAGCCAGCGACGGGUCUAGUCUAUGGGAGAGCUUCGAGGAUCCGACGGAUACUCUCUUGCCUAGCCAGAUCAUGGAGCGAGAAUCUCGACUGAUAGCCAGCCACUCGAGAUCGAACCACUCCGAGGGUCGAUUCAAGUUCAUCAUGCAACUCGAUGGGAAUCUGGUGAUGUACCAGAGGGACGAACAUCCCGGGACGCCGAGUGAGUAUGCUUACUGGAGCAAUCAGUCCACCAUACCGUCGGGCUACAGGCUGGUGUUCAACCAGUCCGGGUUCCUGUUCGUGGCUUCCAUCAACGGGACAGUGCUCGAUUACGUGUUCAGCAACGGAGGAUCCAGCCAGGAUUUUUACCACAGGGUGACCCUCGAUUACGACGGGGUUUUGAGGUACUACGAGCACCCGAAGAGGAACGCUAGCAUAAUAGAUGAAUGA